UAAUUUAAAAGAAAAAAACUAAAAAAGUCCCCUCCGACAAAGGUCGAUCGCUGCGUAAUCGUAUGCAAAAGACAUACCACAAAACUUGGAAAAUCCCAACAUACAAUUCACAAAAUCCCCUCACUCUUUCUCUUUCCAUCUUUCUUUAUUCCCUUAAUUUCAAAAUUUCGCCCAGAUUUCAUUUCUCUGACUCAUCCCACAUAAAUUAUUAUUUUUCCACUUUUUUGACCACCCAUUAUUGUCCAUGAGCCGGCGCAAUUAAAUAAAUUGAUCUUGGUAUCAUUUUGAUUUGGCAGUUUCUCGACUAAUUACUCAACAUAUCACCCCUGAUUUUUCUCCCCUUCUACUCAAAUAUUCUGGUCUAAAUCAAUAAAUUUCUCAUUUUACUUAAAUUAAAACCUCUUCUACAGAUCUGACAUCAUUUUUGAUGCUAAAGAUGUUACUUCUGUAAUGGGUAUUGAUUAAUUUCAUUACCCACUUCCUAGAAAUUCGAGAUUAUUGGGUAAAUUUCUGAGUAAUUUGAGGGAUUUUAGCCAAAAGGGUACCCAGGGUUUGAUCUUGUUAUUUCUCAGUACAAUUUUGAGCAAACAAGGGUUAUGGCAAUAGAAGAAGGGAAGGACCCAGGUCCUGUAACUAGAACCAGGGGUUUACCAGUGAGAUUACUGUUAAUACUGUUGAUGUUCUUGGUAUUAUGUGUUGUAUUCUCAUUCAUUAGUCUGAAUACAUUUAGGCGAUUCGGGUUCGAUGGCGGUGUUGCUGGGGUUAUUAAGCCUAGUUAUGAGCCAUGUAUUGGUGAAUCAAGUGGGUUAGAUCAGUGGAUUAGACCUCCAUCUAAUUUGAUGCAUACAAUGAGUGAUGAAGAGCUCAUUUGGAGAGCCACAUUGGUGCCUGGUAUUAGGAAAUACCCUUUCAAAAGGAAUCCCAAGGUUGCAUUUAUGUUCUUGACCAAAGGUCCAUUGCCAUUGGCACCUCUUUGGGAGAGGUUCUUUAAGGGGCACAAGGGGCGGUUUUCGAUCUAUGUUCACUCGAUGCCAUCUUACAAUAAGGAGUUUCCUCCUUCAUCAGUUUUCUACAAAAGGCAUAUACCUAGCAAAGUGGCGGAAUGGGGGAGGAUGAGCAUGUGUGAUGCCGAAAGAAGGCUUCUUGCCAACGCAUUGCUGGAUAUCUCAAAUGAGUGGUUCAUACUUCUUUCAGAAUCUUGCAUUCCGCUCUACAAUUUUAGCAUAACUCUGAAUUACAUCACAAAUUCCAAAUAUAGCUUUAUGGGUGCGUUUGACGAUACUGGACCCUAUGGGAGGGGACGGUAUAAUGGGAGCAUGGCCCCUGAAGUUAACAUAACCGACUGGCGUAAAGGAUCUCAAUGGUUUGAGCUCAAUAGAAGACUGGCAAUUCAAAUAGUUGAAGACACCACAUAUCACCAAAAAUUUGAAGCGUUCUGUAAACCAGCUUGUUAUGUGGAUGAGCACUAUUUUCCCACCAUGCUUACAAUCCAAGCAGCAAAUGUUUUGGCAAAUAGAAGCAUUACUUGGGUGGAUUGGUCAAGAGGUGGGUCCCACCCUGCUACAUUCGGAAAAGGAGACAUCACGGUGGAGUUCUUUAAGAAGGUUAGGGAGAGUGGUAAGAUUUGUGAUUACAAUGGUAGAAAUACUACCAUCUGUUAUCUCUUUGCUAGGAAAUUUGCCCCAAGUACCUUGGAACCGUUGUUGCAAUUAGCAACUGAGGUUUUUAGUUUCUAACAACAAAAUUUGGCGAAUGCGUCUGACUUUGAAGGUUACUACCGCAGAAAUUGAAGAGAAAACUGCAGCUUGCAGUUUUUCUUUGCAGAUGACCGAAGCAGCAUUACAGCAUCCGUUUUUCUUUGGCAUACUUGGUUUACCCAGAAUAUUUAUCUGGUGUACAGAGCUGUUUAUCGUCAGUAUUAUAAUAGGAGUAUUAGUUGUGGUAAAAUCUUGUAGUUUUUAUAGUAGAAUCUGAAUAAUGCGCCGAAUGUACUCAGGGAUUUAGAUUUUUGAUCUUGUGGUUGUAUAUGUGUGAUAUAACAUAGAUGAUCUUGCGGGAGUUAUUGAUGAAAUACUAGAGAUGUAUCACUCACUUUUUGAUGGAAUUUUAGCAUUUUGAGACUAUUCA